AUGGAAAAAAGAUUUUUACGAGCCGAUGAAAAUUGUCCGAUUCCUCUCGAAGAAGAUUUUUGGCAAAAAUUUGUGUUAAAGAAUGAUAAGGAGAAUUUAAUGGAAAAGGAAGCUCAAAGAGCCGAAGUCAACGAAGUGACAAGAGAAGUUGAUCGGAUUAUGAACGCUAAUAAAGAAAUUUUACGAAGCGAAGCGCUUAAAAUUGUUGCUCCAACUGCUGUAAAUGUCGUUGGAAAUCAGUUCGAAAAUUUAAUUAGCUUGAGUUUUGAUCAAGAAAGAUUGAUUAAUAAUGAGGAGAAAAAGCGACAAGAAAAACGGAAUAAAGCUGUUAAAUCAGUUUUAAGAAGAUAA